AAUGUAUGACAACAUGUCCACAAUGGUGUAUCUAAAGGAAGACAAGUUGGAGAAGCUUACCCAGGAUGAAAUUAUUUCUAAGACUAAGCAAGUAAUUCAGGGAUUAGAAGCACUGAAGAAUGAGCACAAUUCCAUCUUACAGAGUUUACUCGAGACACUUAAGUGUUUGAAGAAAGAUGAUGAGACCAAUCUGGUGGAAGAAAAAUCAAAUAUGAUUCGCAAGUCUCUGGAGAUGCUGGAACUUGGACUCAGUGAAGCACAGGUAAUGAUGGCCUUGUCAAAUCACUUAAACGCAGUGGAGUCAGAGAAACAGAAAUUACGUGCCCAGGUUCGCAGGCUAUGCCAGGAAAAUCAGUGGCUGAGGGAUGAGCUGGCCAGUACGCAACAGAAACUGCAGAAGAGUGAACAGUCUGUGGCUCAGCUGGAGGAAGAAAAGAAGCACUUAGAAUUCAUGAACCAGUUAAAGAAAUAUGAUGAUGAUAUUUCCCCUUCAGAGGAUAAAGACUCAGACUCGACCAAAGAACCGUUGGAUGAUUUGUUCCCCAACGAUGAAGAUGACCAAGGGCAAGGAAUGCAACAGCCACAUAGCAGUGCGGCAGCUGCUGCCCAACAGGGUGGGUAUGAGAUUCCCGCAAGAUUAAGGACCCUUCACAAUCUUGUCAUUCAGUAUGCAUCCCAAGGCAGAUACGAGGUUGCCGUACCCCUCUGUAAGCAAGCGCUUGAAGACCUGGAGAAAACUUCAGGCCACGAUCACCCUGAUGUUGCCACUAUGUUGAACAUACUUGCAUUGGUGUACAGGGACCAGAAUAAAUACAAAGAUGCUGCAAACUUGUUGAAUGACGCCUUGGCUAUUCGUGAGAAGACCUUGGGCAAAGAUCAUCCAGCGGUUGCAGCAACUUUAAACAACCUUGCAGUGCUCUAUGGAAAAAGAGGAAAGUACAAGGAAGCUGAGCCUUUGUGCAAGAGAGCUUUGGAGAUUAGAGAGAAGGUACUGGGAAAAGAUCAUCCAGAUGUUGCCAAGCAGCUAAAUAACCUGGCCUUGCUAUGUCAGAACCAGGGUAAAUAUGAAGAAGUGGAAUACUACUACCAGCGGGCGCUAGAAAUCUACCAAACAAAACUGGGGCCAGAUGAUCCAAAUGUAGCCAAAACAAAGAACAAUUUGGCAUCCUGCUACUUGAAACAAGGCAAAUUUAAGCAAGCAGAAACUUUAUACAAAGAGAUCCUCACUCGUGCCCAUGAAAGGGAAUUUGGCUCUGUGGAUGAUGAAAACAAACCCAUCUGGAUGCAUGCUGAAGAGAGAGAAGAAUGCAAAGGAAAGCAAAAAGAUGGCACUACAUUUGGUGAAUAUGGAGGCUGGUACAAAGCUUGCAAAGUUGAUAGCCCGACAGUCACAACUACCUUAAAGAACCUUGGAGCACUUUACAGACGGCAAGGCAAGUUUGAGGCAGCCGAAACAUUAGAAGAAGCGGCAAUGAGGUCCCGCAAACAGGGUCUUGACAAUGUUCACAAACAGAGAGUUGCUGAAGUGCUGAAUGACCCAGAAAGUAUAGAGCGACGGCAAAGCCGCGAGAGCCUCAAUGUCGACGUGGUAAAGUAUGAGAGCGGUCCCGAUGGAGGAGAGGAAGUGAGUAUGAGCGUAGAAUGGAAUGGGGAUGGCACUGGAUCCUUAAAACGCAGUGGCUCCUUUAGUAAACUUCGCGCUUCAAUCAGACGCAGCGGCGAGAAGCUGGUUAGGAAGCUGAAGGGAGGAAGUUCACGAGAGAGUGAACCAAAGAAUCCUGGCAUGAAGCGCGCCAGUUCACUGAAUGUUCUUAACAUGGGUGGCAAGGCUACUGAAGAUCGCUUUCAAGGACGAAAUAAUUGUCUGAGUGCCAGUCAGACUGAUUUGGCUCACUGAGAUUCUGGGACAGACGCUAGCUAAAAAUUCUUUUGUGAAUUUACGAAGCACUGAGUUUCAAAAGUUCUGGGUUUCCCCCGUUGAUG